UACAUAGCUACCUCUUGUCUUCUAAGAUAUCUCAACUUGACUGGAUAUAAUUCUAUUACUAUUAAAUCCUUAAAUUAUCUCAAGAUUCAUAUUCUCAGGAUUGACCUUGAUUUUGAAAUACUUGAUAAAGAUUCUUGGUUCAAAACUAGUAGUGAUGUAGACGAUACUUGA